GUCUUCACCCGCGCCGGCGUCGCUGGCGGAGGCCGCCGAGGAAGCGGUCAUCGUGGCCGCCCUGACGCACGUCAUUGCCCACGGCCGUGUCGCGCCGUCGCUCGCCGUGCCACCGUGUCCGUUGACGGCGACGGGAUGCCACGGGCAGGCGGCGUGCCGCGGGGAGCCGUCGCCGCCGUCGGCGCACAUUGUAUCGGGUACCUCUAUUCGCUCCCCGCCGGUCAGGUCGCCUAACGGACGCUCACGCCGUCGUUCUGGUUGUGCUCUGUGUUUGGGUUUCCAGCGCGUGAUCGCUCUGCGCGCGAGCAGGGCCUGAUGGCGUCGGCUGCGCCAGAGCUACCUCCAAUGGCGUCGGCGUGCCCGCCGCGUAGCUACCGCGGGGUGAGGCGGCGGCCGUGGGGCAAGUGGGCGGCGGAGAUCCGGAACCCCAAGAAGGCGGCGCGCGUCUGGCUCGGCACCUUCGCGACCCCCGAGGACGCGGCGCUCGCCUACGACGCCGCGGCGCUGCGCCUCCGCGGGAGCCGGGCCAAGCUCAAUUUCCCGGAGGACGCGUCGUCGCUCCGGCACCCGCCGGCCCCCGUGGGCUCUCGGCGGCCCGGGUACGGCUGGGAUCGCACCUUGGACCGCUCGCCGUGGCCGGACAUGGUGCCACGGAGGGACAAUGGCCGGUUCUUGGGUCCUUGGAGCAUCGGAACUUCGUCCCUGCCGCCCAUGCCUACGUGUUCGACUCCUCCCGUCGUCGCUGCUCUGCUUUCUGAGAGCCGUGGAACAGGGAGCAGCGGGAUAUUCUAAUAGAAGACGCUCAUGGUUCAUGGAAAUCACUGUGGGCAUCUCGCUGUUGGAUUGGCUUAGCAUCUCGUAGCUACCUUUCCUCGGUGUAGUAAUUGUAGUUUUUUUUCCGAGUUCCUUUUUUGUUUCAGUGUGGCUGCAAGCACGUGAUAUUAUU